AUGAACAAUUUUCCUCAUGCAGAUGUCUACAAAAUGUUGACACCAGAUCUCCUUCACCAAAUCAUAAAAGGUGUUUUCAAGGAUCACCUUGUAACCUGGGUUGGCAAGUACCUCAAGAUUACAUAUGGGGAUGAUUCAAAGGCAUUGAUGAAGGUCUAUAUUCUGGCAAUUGAAGGUCAUGUACCUCCAGGAGUUGUGCACACACUUAAUGCACCCAAGUGCUUUCACAACUACUGCUGCAUCUUCCAGGAGACAGGUGUUCAUCAGCAUGGACUGAAAGGCUUUUCAUUACCUCACCAACACUCCAUGAACCAUUAUCAACAUCUUAUCCAGGAAUUUGGUGCACCAAAUGGCCUAUGUUCAUCUAUUAUGGAAUCUAAACAUAUCAAGGUGGUCAAGAAACCUUGGAGGCACUCAAACUGCUUUAAAGCAUUGGGUCAAAUGCUAGUCACAAACCAGUGUAUGGACAAGCUUGCUGCUAUGCAAGUUGAUUUUGAAAACUGCCACAUGCUUGAGGGCUCUGUCAUCUCAGCAUCUGACCCCAUGUAG